AUGCCGAAACACAGUUUUCGCAAAGCUCAACGAUUCAUGGCAGCACGCACUACUUGCUGGUGGCUCCAGCCGUGGCAGAAGCUCGAUCUCGAGUGGCAAGAAGGCUGCGCUCGGGGGCAGCAGCAACUUGCAAAGGCUGCAGACAGCGUGCAGAAGACGACAUACCUCACGGGAGACCAUUGGGGAUCGCUGGCCGAUUGCGAGCAAUUGAAAUGUCGUGCGACGUCCCGGCUAUGGGAAUUGGCCCAUCGCUGCUGCAACAGACUGCAAAGUGAAGUCGAUAAGUUGGCGGACAUUUAUGCACGAAUGCGGCAAUUGUUGCGGGAUAAUGUGGCAAAUACAUCAGGAGGGAAACGUAGCCAACGAUAUGAGCUGAUGCUAUUGGAGGUGCUGGCGAUGUACGAGCACGAGCUUGUGGCCAAGUCCCUGAUCGCUAGCGAUAUCUUUGAGUGUGCGAGACACGAGACAAUGACGGUGUAUCUGGCAUCGUGGCAAAUGCAGCCGCACAUUGAUCGCCAGCGUCUUGAGGAGCUCGUGUUGUUGAUUGGGAACGAUCAGCACUACCAGACGCGUCAGUCACCAACAUAA